AUGACGGCGCUGCAGAUCGACGUAAUGCGCAUCUGCCUCCAGAAGAUGCGACCCACGCUGCUGCUGCGCUCGCGCUGCAUCGACAUCCAGUCGCCCGUUGCGAUGGCCAUGUCCAAGCGCCGACAAAAACGCGAUCGGUCCGCGUAUCGGGACAUCGACACCAGCCCCAACGAGUCCGGGGACACGGCGCUGCUGAACGCCACCGAUUACGGACUCACCAAGCACGUCGAGAAGCUGCUGGCCCACGGCGCGGACGCCAGCGUGCAGGACCAACAGGGCCGCAGCGCCAUGGACAUCGCCGGAGAGCACGGCUUCAUGUGGGCCAUCUACGGCGGCUCCACGAACAACAUCUUCCCCGUCCUGGUCUGCACCAUCACCGACCGAGCGGCCAUCCACAAGAUCUGGGCCCGCGCGGCGUGCGUUCUCGCCGCUGGGACUUUGUACUUAAUCCUCGGGAGUUGCGGGGCUACGGGCCAAACGUUCGAUCAAGUGGCCUCCACCUUCGGCUUCAUCGCUGUGGCGAUCAACAUCGCCUUGUACGCGUCGCCCCUGGCCAACAUGAAGAAGGUCAUUGAGACCAAGGACGCGUCCUCGCUGCCGAUCACGAUCAGUGCCGUCUUCCUCGGAAACGCUGCGCUCUGGGUGCUCUACAGCAUCACGGUCGGGGACAUGUUCGUGAUGGUGCCCAACCUGCUCGGCAUGCUCCUCUGCACGGCCAGGACGAGGGAAGAUUAA